GGUCGGGCGGUCCGGGAGCGCGGAGAGCACGACUCCCUGGCGGCAGCGGCGGCGGCAGAGAGUUCAUAUGGGAAGGACAUUGGGGUGACCAUCUUCUCUAUUUCCAGGUGGCUUUUCUGAUUCACCCCACCAUUUAAAACCUGGAGGCAUUGGACCACACAAAGCCUUGCUGAUUUCAGGAAAGAAUCAUCCUCAAAGAUGUCUAGCAAGACUGCAAGCACCAACAGCAUAGCCCAAGCAAGGAGAACCGUGCAGCAGCUGAGAUUGGAAGCCUCCAUCGAAAGAAUAAAGGUCUCAAAAGCAUCUGCAGACCUGAUGUCAUACUGUGAGGAGCAUGCCCGGAGCGACCCACUGCUGAUGGGCAUACCAACCUCAGAAAACCCAUUCAAGGAGAAGAAGACUUGCAUCAUCUUAUAGUGAACCGGGAAGCACCCCUUGCCUCCUAAUGCAAACCACAGCAGCAACCUGAAGAUUUUCCUUCGGCUUACCUGGUAACCACCGCUAGUAACUAAAACACCCUUCUCUUGGAAUAACAGACCCUGAAGUCUCUCUUUUUUCAAGUUGUCCUUUCUUCGCCCUUUACUGGUUUAAUACAGAAUAACAAUCUUAUUUUCUAUUUGGUAACUAUGGUAUCAUAUUGGGUUACUGUAUAAGGAAAGUGGCAGGGGAGUUGUGGGAAGCUUGUCUUAACAGUAUACAAUUGAUUAAGAUAUGUCAAGACCUACAUUGUCUAAGCACCGGCAAAUUAAAAUGUCAAGAAUCACUUCAGUCCAAAACCCUUAUACUGUGCUCUUAAUAAAGUUUGUGUCAACCUAUAUCCUACGUAAGGGGUCUGGGGAGGCAGCAUGUGUCUACAGCCAUAUCUUUUUGCACUAUCGGCACUAACUACCCUGAAACUUCCUGCGGUAGCAUCAGCCCUUCAGAUAUCGAUAUCCGGACUCUGUGUAGGUAGAAUAACAGAUUCUUUCUGUGUAAUUUUUGUACAAAAGAAGAUAAUGAAAGAACAUUGCCAAGAUCAUCUGCAUUAUAAUGAGAUGAUGAUACUGUUCUCCCUCCUCUCUUGGAAUUGUGCUGGCCCCUGAGUUUACAGUAAACUGUGCUAGUUAAAAACCUAAGGUUAAAACUGAAAGCCCUUUGAUGGGGUCUUAAUUCAUAUCAGUCAUUUGGGCUUUGUGAUCCUGAGGCUAAGAAAGGGGAAGACACCCUUGAGAGGACCCUGGGCAGCUACACUCCAGGGCUCUUGAUCUCUGCUGGAUUGGGGGUGGCCAUCUCAGAAACUUCCACCACCAUGACUGGGAUGGAAAAAUGAAGUGAGAGCCUCACACAGAGAGGGAGCAGAAAUCUAUGAAAAUAACUGCUCUCCUGGGCCCACUUUACAGGCAACCCUCUCCCUUUCUCCUCACCAGCAUGGUACCCGUACUUCGCUGCUAGAGCAAUUGUUUUCAGGAGGACAUUCCCUUCGUCUCAGUUUUAAGUGGGUGGACCACAGUAGGGAAAAAAAACACUCAAGCAAUAUAAAGACACUUGAGCUCUUUGCAGAUGGCUGCAGUUUCAACACUACCAUGUUCACAAAUCACCCUGGGGGAAGGGCCAAUCCAAAAGGGGGCUUGAAUUCUGUAGAACAGUUCCAGCAUCCAGCAUUUGGGUGGUGAGGUCCUCAGUUUUACUCUGAUCAUGAAAAUAGUCCACAUACCCUCACAGUGUCCAGUAGGGAUCCCAGAGGCACAAAAACCUGACAUGACCAAGGAGGUAUUUUGACUUUGUCACAGUGAAUAUUUAAAAUAUUCAAUUAGAAACCCAAGCCAAACACAAAGCCCGUGAUAUUUUAGUUCAUUAAGGUAACUACUUAAUGAAGGAUUUUAAAAAGUGUUCUCAAAAAAGACUUAGCCCCAGGAGUUGCUUAUAAAAUUUCCCCCACUUGUGUACAGUGUGCAGUUAAAAAAAAAUGUCUUUUAAUAUCUAAUGCCUGGGCUGUGAGCAUCAUACUUCUUGAUGGUAAACAUGCAGUACUAUUCCUAAGUGACUCCGAGGCAUCAGAAUCUCUCCAGGUUAUCCCUAUGCUCAGCACUCGGGACUGAGCACAUGAAAGCCAUAGCACUGCCCAGAGCCUGUUGUCACUGCUGAGUUCCCAGCUGGGUUAACAACACCUGUUCGGGACAGAUAGAGCUUUUACCUUGAAAAGGGGAAAAUGGAAAUGUACACCAAAAAGACAAUUUUUACAUUCAAUGGAACAUUCUUUUUUUACAAGUAUAUUUUUAUACUGAUAGUUUCAGAACACUAAUCUUAUAUUCACUCUAAUCUUAAACAUGUUUCUUUAAAUAUUUAUAAGGCAGUUUAUUACAGAAUAUUUUUAUGCAAUCAUGUGCACAUUAUUGGUAACAAACAUAGUAUAUUCUUUAGUACUUAAACAUAUUUUUAUUAAUAUGCUUUUAAUGGUAGGAAAUGAACUUGAGGUCCCAGGAGAUUUUGUUGCCUUUUCAUUGAUUAGAGACAAUAAAUCUUGUAACUUCGUAACCAGAUCUGAGCUGUGCUCACAAUAAUAGUAAAAUCAGAUUCUUUGAUGCUGGACCCAGAGGGGAAUCAUUAGCCAACUAUUGACUUACUUAUAACUAGAUGUCUAUGUGAGAAAGUGUAAUACAUACAUAUAUAUGACAUGUAGGAGUCACUUUUAUCUAUGUGUUCACUUAUGAAGCUGGGUGACUGCAGCAGUAUGUUGGUGACGUCAUGAUGCACAGAAGUUCCACAGUGUUGCACAGUGUGGGAUUUUUCCCACACUGAUGCACAGUGUGGGAUUUUUCCCCCACACUGACAACCUGGCUUCCUUUCUGUAUGUUCAGUGUGUUUUGUCUGAACUGACACUCCUGUGAGCACUACACUGUUUAUACUCUCUGAUCCCCGUAGUUCAUCAUAAGUUUGUCCGUGGCCCUGGCAAGAUAGAGUACACAAGAGUCCAUGACUCCAGAGCAUUUUGAAGAAACAUACAUAUCUUUAAAUAGGGAAGAUAUAGCACGUGGUUCAUAAGCUGUGGGUUGUAGCUAAAUAUUCUGUUUCUUUGAAAUCAUGUUUUUAAAUUCUUUUCCAUAUGAAAGAAAAAGAGUAUCAUUCUUACACUUUCAAGGGAAGGCUUGGUCUACUCUUUCUGUGUUCAGAUUAUUUAUAUACUUUGCUAAUCGUUAAACUAUUCAUGGGAGAAAGUUUAUACCAAUGGGUUAAUAAUUUCCAUGCACUAUUUACACAAUGUAAGAUGUGUCAAACUGGGGCCAGCAUGAUGGCUCAGUAGGUGAAGGUGCUUGAUGCCAAGUCCAGCAACCUGUGUCUAAUCUUCAGGAUGCACAAGGGAGAAGAAAAGAAUUGAUUCCUGAAGGUUGUCUUCUGACCUCUACACACACACACACACACACACACACACACACACUAAAAUAACAAUUAAAAAUAUGUGCCAAAUUAUAUUUGUUCAAGUGCCACCUUCCACCAGCUUACCACUAAGAUAGAACUUUCGGACUCAUCACCUUGAAUUUGUAUUAAAAGUGUGUCCAUGCACAGGCCCAAGAGUCACCUCCAAUGAAAUAAAUGUAAUACUGAAUGAAGUAUGCUAUGAAGUUUGUUGUUUUCUUUCACCGUAAGCCUGUUAGUAGGAAAAAUACAUCAAAUCAAAUAGAAUAGAGCACUUAGCAGUGGUCAGUGGCCUGGUCAGUCCUGAGCCAGGACUUAGAGCCAGGCACGACAGCUCUCUGAGCCUCCCCUUCCCCUUCUGUAACAAGGGAGUAGAAGCAGAGAAGAUGGCUGACAUCCUCCCUAUUUCCAGAUGCCUUGGUUGAACAACCUGCCUCUCUGCUGGUCCUGCCAAUGUGCUGGUGCUAUAAGCUGCUUCAAAUACUGGUUUGUCUGUAGUGUGUGCUCACCUAAUCACUUGUUAUUCAGUGCCUGGUCUAGGUUUAUGGACUUACUAUUUCUGUGAUGUUUCAUUUUUAGCCAUGUUAACUCCUAACACAUAUUCUCUAUGUCUCAGUAAAGCUUCAUUUGAUAAGUUGUUGAGAUUUUGUUAUUUGAUAAUAUUCUUGGGCUAUUCAUCCAGCAUCUUAAUCACUGUGAUCAUUAUUUGGAACUCUGUUAUUUGGAAAGAAUAAAAGCUUUUUUCACUUGCUAACAUGCUCACAAACGUGAGAGAAGAGUCAUUAAAAGCUUUACUUACUGGGUCA